AUGAAAAUUAACUCCAUCACCAAUAAGUACAAUUAUCAAAAUUAUGAUGCUAUAGAAGAAUACUAUAGAGAAGAAACUCUUUACUCAGAAGAUGAAAGUACAUAUGAAGUAAUGGAAACAUCUUUAAAUCAAGCUUUUGAAGCCUCAUUUCAAGAAGGACAAAGGAAAAAGGAUUAUCCUAUAGACGCAACUAGAACUAACGCUAUAAUGAUAACAGAAAAACGAGGAUUAAUCCAAUUAUCCGUAACUGCUGAAAAAGUUACAACAACUGAAGUAGAAAACUUAUGA